GUCAAAGACUCUUGACCCUUCUCUCUCAUCUCUGCCGUUGACGAGAAGCAUUGCACACUGACAACACGGCAUAUUGCAAACAUGAGCCAUUACCAGGAUUCCUCAAGGGGUACAAGCAUCAAUGAUGAUGAAGAGUCUCAACGCCUCAUGGAGAAGCAUGACGAACCAGUGGAGAUUCACAACCGUGGGUCUCCAGUUGUGACCUGCAAAAGAGUGUACAUGGUCCUGCUUCACGGCAUAGUCUUGGUAUUGAUCGCGGUGCUAUGCAUUGACAUCGACCCCAAGAAGAUAUCGAAUCAACGGCCGACAAGAGGCGCAUCAUGGUCACCAGUCCGAGAGCACAUCGAGUAUGAACUCAAUGCCGGACACGCAACCGAUCAUCAUAAACACAGCCAAUACUCAGGUUGGCCGUCACCAGAGCAAGAUGAGGCGUGGGAUGACUUGAUGAGACCUGUCUACUUCAAUGCUACCCGGGAAGAGUUAGAAAAGGCCGGCGAGUCGUUUGAGAACAUCGCUGAGCUCGAAGGUGGAGGUUACCCAGCAAGUCUCGGAGUGUACCACGAACUUCACUGCCUGCGUCAACUCCGCUUCUGGCUAUGGAAAGACCGAUACUACGGUGAUCUCACAGAGGAGCAAGACGACUACUUCCAUGGUCACCUGGACCAUUGUAUCGAGACGCUGCGUUUGACCAUCAUGUGCAACGGCAACCCGGCCGUGUACUCCUUCUACUGGGACGACCCAACGGCUGACCACCCAGCCACGCAGUCCAACGCGGAAAAUGUGUGCGCCAAGUGGGAGUCCAUCGAGAACUGGGCCUACGAGAGGAGGAUUUCGACGGAUCCCGAGAUUGUCCGACCUCCUAUGGACGAGAUGAUGCAUUAGUUUGAUACGUACUGCAGAGGUCCUGAUGUACUGUAUCUUUAUGAAUGAAAUGUGCGACAUGUUCAUCACCUAUUUCGCAAGGUUUACAAGGUGUUGCGGUAGUUUCUUUAUUUCUUUGGCAUCGCUUUACUUCCCUUGGCGGAUAACUUGAGGCCUCUUCUCAAUGUUGAUCCA